CUACGUAAAAGGAAAUUAUUGUAGCGAUCUUCAGCUUUUAUCGAUAACAUCUGCUUCAAGGCUGAUACGUUUGAAACAAUAAAAUAUUUGUUCAACUGUGGACAUAUACUUUUUGCGUUUGUAUGAGGAAUAAAGUGUACUAUUAAGACGGUGCAAAAUGUAGAAUUCUAUUUCUUUGGAUAAAUUGUUUGUAACUGAUGCAACGUGCGAUAUCAAUGCUUUAAUUAUUAACCUAAAAGAAAGUUGCAAAACAUAAAUAACAAUAACUUUGUUUUAAAGGUACAACUUGAAUAAAUACACGCACAAAAUCAUGGGUUACACAGUUUUCGUCGGAUUAGGAAUAUAACUGUUUCAAUGGACCCUUACUACAUUGCCAACGUGGAUACUCUUACUACAGUGAGUGGAAAAAUGAACCUAACGUUUUACGAUCGGCUGCUACCACCCGGAGCGAGCUACAACUGGGGCGUGUUAUUUCUAGGGUUUGUCGUUGUGUUCGGGAUCACCGGGAACGUGCUGGUGUGCCUCGCAAUAUCGUUGGAGAAGCGUCUGCAGACAGUGACCAAUUACUUCCUGUUGUCUCUGGCCGUAACCGAUCUGCUUGUAUGCAUUCUCGUCAUGCCUAUGAGCAUAUUAAACGAGUUCUUCGGAUACUGGCGAUUUACAGCACUCAUGUGCAAUGUUUACAUUACCACCGACGUUUUGAUGUGCACAUCAUCAAUUUUUCACCUCUGCAGCAUCUCCGUGCAACGAUAUCUUGCAAUACGCUCACCAUUAAAGACAAGAAACAAGUCAAAAUCAAUAGUGGUGACAAAGAUCGGGGUAAUCUGGGUGGCUGCUGUGGCUAUAUCUAGUCCUGUGACGGUUCUCGGAGCGCUCGAUCAAUCAAAUAUAUUGAAUAACCAUCGGUGUAAUUUGAAAAAUUAUGGCUUUAUAAUAUACGGAUCCAUUCUAGCCUUCUUUAUUCCGUUAAUUAUCAUGGUAAUAUCAUACACUUUGACAGUGCGUCUUCUGUAUAAACAGUCCAAGCUUUGUGAUCCCAAGAGGCAAUUUACCAAGGAGGGAAUGCCCAUGAUACGGAGAUGUAGGACUUCAGUCCGACGCCACAACUCUAUGUUGGACGAAAGACUUAUUAAAAAAGGUGACACAUAUGAGUUAUUUGAAAGGGAGAGGACAAACAACAAUUCAAAUUCUGAUAAUAUAACCCAGGAAAUACCGAGUGCCAUUUCACAUUCUGUAUCAUGCGCGUCGCUUUACACUGAACACGUUGGAAUAAAAACAUUUGAUAAAAAGGAAUCAAAAUCCUGUUUUUUGGACGUCCCACGGCUUUAUUCAGCUGAUAAUUCCACAGAGACGUUAACUGCAAGUGAUCUUGACGUAUCGGAAGACGAGUAUUCGAGAUACCGAUCGUCAUUCUCGAAUAUCCACAUGCCGGAAUGCGCCGGCAAAUCGUCCCUUAAGAGCGUCAUGACCCGGACAUUCAUUGUGAAAGCCUCGAGUCUCCUGAGUCUUACCAGAGACAAACACGACAAAACCACAGUUAGAACCGAGCAAAAGGCGUCCAAAGUAUUAGGCCUUGUGUUUGUGAUAUUUGUGUUACUAUGGUUACCUUUCUUUGUAGUAAAUAUCAUUCCGGCGCUUUGUAUCGUGUGCCCUGUGAGUUCUACGUUGGUAUCGACAUUCGCAUGGCUAGGUUGGGCUUCCUCCACCAUCAAUCCAAUUAUCUACACCAUGUUCAACAAGACAUUUAAGCGGGCCUUUAUAAAACUCUUGACGUGUAGAUACCAUACAAUUGCAGAGUCAACAUGUCCUAUUUCCAAGGAUUCAAGGAGAGCCAAUGUUAUCAUUAGAGAAAACUGCAGUGACAGGGAGUUUACUCUAUAA